ACCUGAGAACGCAGAAGAAGGCCAUGUCUCCUCAAGUCUAAACCAAACCCCCGAAAAAUUCCACCACGCCUUUCGCUCCCUAUAUACUUUCAGAUUCUCUCUUUUUCUCAAUCUCAUUCUCUCUCCUCUUCCCCAUUUUCCAUCUCUGCCAAUGAAGCAGAAACGACCGCUACCUAACGUCAAAAUCCAUCCUUUUACAUGACGAAUUCCCUCUUCCCCCUCACCGUCUUCUCCGUCAACGUUUGCCUCCUCGCCGCCGUCACCCUCUUCUCUGCAAUCCCCUUAAUCUAUGCUCUGGGUUCCGGCGCCACUCUCGCCGUAGUCGAUGACUCCGGCACCGUCUGUGGCAUCGUGUCAGGGGAACCGGCGCAGCGCAUUGAAUGCUAUCGUCGCGGGCAGAUCCUGCCAGUUGCUCCUAACAUUUCGUUUUCGUCGAUUUGCGGCGGGAGGAGCUACUUCUGUGGCCUUAGGUCCGGUAACUACAGUUUGCUCUGCUGGGACGCUGUAUCUUCCAAUUCCAGCGGUUCCUUCCAACCGAAGAGGCUUUACUUUAAUUAUACUGCUCCGUUGGAGAAUCUGGCGGUUGGGGAUACCCAAGUGUGCGCGACCGUCGUGGGUUCAGGCAACGUUCUGUGCUGGAGACCCAAUGACGUACGUGUGCCGGGUCACUUUGCGACGAUAACAUCUGGGUCUGGCUUUUCUUGCGGGAUCUUGAAGAACACUUCCCGGGUUAGUUGUUGGGGAAUGCAGCCCCUUUCGCGUCAAAUAGUGAACGGAUUCGGAGUCAUGCCCAUGUUGAGUCUUGUCGCCGGCGAUUCACAUGUUUGUGGAUUGAAUUCAACAGGAUUUGUGGUAUGCAGAGGAAAUAACAGUUCUGGGCAACUUAGUGUUCCCCAAGGACGACCUCUGGAAUAUUCUGGGUUGGCUCUCGGAGCUGAACAUAGCUGCGCGAUCAAACAAUUGAAUCGUUCGGUUGUUUGCUGGGGAGGCGGAGGGCAGUUCUCGGCGAAUGUUACAGAAGGAACAUCUUUCGAGUUAAUUGUUUCUGGGUCAAAUUUUACUUGCGGAUUAGUCUCCGGCAACUUUUCUGUAAUGUGCUGGGGACCUGGUUGGGCUAAUAGUUCUGGCUCCAAUCCGCUAGAGCUUCCUUUACCACCUAUUCUCCCAGGACCUUGUGUUCAAUCUUCUUGUGAGUGUGGUCAAUAUCCUCAAUAUCAAAAUCUGUGCUCUGGUUCUGGUGUUAUAUGCAGGCCUUGUUCUCCAAACAUUUCAGCCCCAACGCUGCCGCCAUUCCCUUCUCCGCCACCCUUGGUUUCUUCUCCGCCGUCGCGAUCAAAGGCACUGACCAGGGGUUUAUUGGCAUUCGCCAUUGUUGGAUCUAUCGGAGCUUUUGUCGGUAUAUGCACCGUAAUUUAUUGCCUGUGGACUGGAGUUUGUUUUGGUAAGAAGAAAGUUCACAAUUCUGUCCAACCCAGAAUCACCAGAGAAGGUAGUUCCAAUAAUGGAGGUGCAGUGAAUUCUAGCAAUAGCCCGCCUUCGAGGUCAUCCACCAUUAGACGUCAGGGGUCAAGGAUAAUGAGACGGCAAAGGAGCGGAACAUCAUCCACAAAACAUCCGGAUAGGGCAGAGGAAUUCACUCUAGCUGAGCUUGUGGCAGCCACGAAUAAUUUUUCCCUUGAAAACAAGAUUGGUGCUGGUAGCUUUGGUGUUGUGUAUCGAGGGAAACUCGCAGAUGGUCGCGAGGUGGCGAUCAAGAGGGGUGAGAUUGGUUCAAAGAUGAAGAAGUUUCAAGAGAAAGAGAGUGCAUUUGAGUCAGAACUCGCAUUCUUGUCCCGUUUACACCACAAACACUUGGUCAGGCUAGUUGGAUUUUGUGAGGAAAAAGAUGAGAGGCUCUUGGUGUAUGAAUACAUGAAGAACGGAGCAUUGCACGAUCAUUUGCAUGACAAGAACAACGUGGAAAAGAUUAGUAGUUUCUUGAAUUCGUGGAAAAUGAGGAUCAAAAUCGCUCUAGAUGCUUCUCGAGGGAUUGAAUAUCUCCACAACUAUGCAGUCCCACCCAUCAUUCACAGAGACAUAAAGUCUUCCAACAUUCUUCUCGACGCGAAUUGGACAGCGAGAGUGUCUGAUUUUGGAUUGUCAUUGAUGGGUCCAGACUCUGAUCAUGAUUACCGGCCAACAAAGGCCGCAGGUACCGUAGGAUACAUUGAUCCUGAGUACUAUGGUCUGAAUGUCUUGACAGCCAAGAGUGAUGUCUAUGGAUUUGGAAUAGUACUGCUAGAACUCUUAACUGGAAAGAGGGCUAUAUUCAAGCAUGGUGAAAAUGGCGGCACCCCAGUGAGUUUGGUGGACUUUGCAGUGCCUGCAAUAAUAGCUGACGAGUUGCCCAAGAUUCUGGACCCGAGGGUUGGGCCGCCGGAGAUGAACGUGGCAGAGGCGGUGGAGCUGGUGGCGUAUACUGCAAUGCACUGCGUGAAUUUGGAAGGGAAGGACAGGCCAACAAUGACUGACAUUGUGGCCAAUCUGGAGAGGGCUUUGUCUCUUUGUGAUAGUAGUCAUGGCAGCAUCUCCAGUGGCACAAUCUCUAUUGUUUCAGAAUGAUAAUCCAAAUUAUUAUUUCCCCCCCGGAAUUAUUAGAACAGGCAUUGAAAAAUUU